CAGACAUGCCUGUAGGGGCCCGACAGCCUGCUCCUCAGCCGCGGGAGCAAGACAAGCACAGAGAUGCCUGGAUUUGACAGAAUCCGUAAAAAAAAAAGAGAAACUUCUGCGUGAUUCUGCAGCUAAGUGCAUGCGUCUUGAUGGAUUUAUACAUCGAGCACAUCGCUGGGACAAUGAAAGACCAGCUUCAUGACCUUGUUAAAAAUAAGCCAUUCUACUGCUCUUUGCUUUUUGACGGGAGCACAGACAAAACGACGACGGAGAAAGAGGUGAUAAGCAUUAAGGUCAUUGAAAAUGGCACACCAAGAAUUCGGCUGCUUGGAAUUGUAGAGCCAGACACCUGUGAUGCUCAGGGGAUUUUGAAGGCUGUUGCACAGAAGUGUGAGGAGAACCAGCUCAACCUCAGCAACUGUCUGACUGCAACAGCAGCUGAUGGUGCCAGUAUACAUUUUGGAAAAACCACCGGUGUCCUGACAAGACUCCAGCAGCAGUCGGCCCCCUGGAUGAUCAAGGUUCACUGCAUUCCUCACAGGCUUGAGCUGUGUCUGAAGGAUGCUUUUAAGGAAACAUACUUUACCCAGGUAAAAAACACACUUAAUAUGAAGAAUUCCAUAGCCUAUGUCUCUCACCCGCCUUUACUCACUCUACUGCCGUUCAGCCAAAAAAUGGAGGCAGCUGAAGGACCUCGGAGAGGCUCUUCAGGAACAUGUAUUGAAGCCAACACGUGCUCAGGGGACAAGGUGGAUCAACCACAGAAGGAAAGCCUUAGUCGCCCCUUGGAGGGAGGCCUCCCUUGUGCUAUGGCACAGGAUGCUCACAGAAAAAGAAGCCAUCUAUCCAAACCUCCUUCAUCUCAUCAGGAUUGUACUGGUCUUCCCUGUCUCCACAGCCCAAGUUGAACGCCAAUUCUCAACUAUCAAGAGGAUCCAAGGAGACUGGCGCUUGAGAUUGAAAACAAUAGAAGUUCUCCUCUUAAUCAAAUCACAGGGAUGUGAUCCCUUGGAAUACCAAAGUGAGGAUGCAGUGGCAAGGUGGUGGAUAGCUGGCCUCUCAAGCAGCAGACCAGACAUUCAGCCGUAUGGGCGAAGACUGAACUCUGACCCUGUUCCAGAUUCUGAUUCUGAUUCCGAGUCAGAUUAAAACUCCCUGUCUCUCUCACUCACACUCUCUCCGUCUCUCUCAUACAGUCUCCAUCACUCUCUCACUCACAUUCUCUCUCUUUCUCUCUCUCACACACACUGUUUCAAAUUGAGCUUGUAUUGUUAAGUAGUUUUGCUUGUGUGUUUGAGUGUAUAUGUUCAUAUUUAUGCAAUGUUUUUCAAUGUUUUUAAAUUAAAACAAAUGUUUUAAUACAUAA